GGGGGGCCCGCCGUGCCCGGGGCCCGGUGCCCGGGGCUCGGUGCUCGGUGCUGAGCCGCUCCCGUGCCCGUCCCGCAGGUGACCAGCAGGAAGUACCCGCGGCUGAAGGAGGUGGACGAUGUGCUGGGCGGCGCCGCGGCCUGGGAGAACGUGGACUCCACGGCAGAGCCGUGCCCCAAGUGCGAGCACCCCCGCGCCUACUUCAUGCAGAUCCAGACGCGCUCGGCCGACGAGCCCAUGACCACCUUCUACAAGUGCUGCAACCCGCAGUGCGGGCACCGCUGGCGGGACUGAGGCCCGGGGGAGCGGGGAUCAGAAUUGCUGCUGCUCCUGCAAUAAACGCGGCGCUGAGGGCGAGCGAGCGGCUGCUGCGUGGUUGUUUUGGGCCGGGCAGGGAGGGCAGACAGGCUCCAGCACGGUGCUGUGCCCGUAAUGCACACAGGGCAGGGUGAUAAAACCCCCCACACCGCAGCCCCGAGCACGGCACAGCAGGCAAAGCAGAGGGGAAGUGUAACCACUGUGCCCUUACAGAGAACAAAAAAUGAAAGAAGGGGAGAAGGGGCCUUUGCUUUGGCCUGUGAAAAUCCUCUCAGUUAAAGCAGCAACUACAAACUACACACUUCAACCAGUUACUGAUAAAAAGAGAAUGUGCUUCAAGUAGGAUCACGUAUUACUUGUGUUUUAACAUCAAGCUUUAUUCUCAGUUUAAAUAUAUUCAGAAGUAAAAACGAUAAAUAACUUAAUAAAAACAUGAUGGAGCACAAA